AUGUCUCAAAAUAACCAAGAAAAAAUUGACGUUACCCAAUCACCAUCCAGUCCAUACUAUAUUCACCCAAGUGAAACACCAUCUACUGUCCUCGUCUCUCCGCCACUCACCGGCGACAACUACCAUCAAUGGUCUCGUGCUUUCUCCAUUGCACUUAUCUCAAAGAACAAGAUAGGUUUUCUGGAUGGAACCAUCCCAACUCCAGCCACCGAUGACCCACUCUUCCCUUCCUGGCGUAGAUGCAACACAUUGGUCUCCUCUUGGAUUUUCAAUUCCCUCUCAGCGCCCAUUGCUCAGAGCGUCAUUUAUUUCGACUAUGCAGAAGCAAUUUGGGAAGAUCUUCGCAACAGAUUCUCACAAGGAGACUUGCUCCGUGUUGCUGAGCUACAAGAACAGAUUUAUGGCCUCAAGCAAGGAUCUCUCUCCGUCACUCAAUACCACACCGCCCUCCGAGCACUAUGGGAAGAGCACGACACUUACCGCCCCGUCAAACCCUGCAUAUGCCCGGCACGAUCUUACCACGACUAA